AUGGCGGCACUUCAAGCAUACCGAAAUCUGUUCCGGGCCACAAGAAUUGCCUUUGAGGGCGACUCGAGAGUCUUGUCCGCAGCACGCGAACAGAUCCGGGUCAACUUCCGCGAGAAGGCUAGUCUUCCGGACUCCGAGGCCCAGCCGGCCAUCCAGCACGCCGAGGAGGUGGCGUCGUUUCUGAGGGCAAACGUUGUCCAGGGCAAGAGAGAAGAGGAAGGCGUCUACAGAUUAAGAAUACACGAUGAGACGGAGCGCGGCGACAACGACACAAUCAAAAUUGGUGGCGGCAAGACCGUCAAGAUUGACGGCAAAACAUGUGCCGACAAGUAA